AUCUUCUUCUUCGGGAGCAAAAAAAACAUUUGGGUUUCAAUGGCCUGCAAAAUCUUCCCUCUCACCAACUAUCUCACUCACUCAUUUCCACUCUUCUCAAAAUCCCCAUCAUCUUCUUCGACAAAACUCAUUCAAUUUGCAGGCUAUUCAACUUUUAAUUUAACUGCCCUAAAUUCGACUUCUGCAUCAAUGAACAGCUUCACGUGGGAUGAUGUUAUUCAGAUUGGUCAAUCAGAAUCUGACCCAUCUGACCUAACAUCAUUCUUUGAUAAAGUUAGCGCUUGUAAUCGAAAUGCUGAAAAUUUGUGUGAGUUUGUUCCCUUUGUGGUAGAAGAACAGAUUGUUGGUUAUGUACAUAAUGGAUUUGCUGGCCAUUUGAGGAGGUUUCAAGAUGUGUUCUCGUUCCCACGAGAUGGUUUGUACAAUGGCCAUUACGAUUGGCAUAUAUCACUACAUCCAGAACUUAAAUCACCUGAAGAUAGGACUUCCGCAGUUGCUGACGUAAUUAACAGCCUGGGGGAAGAACUGAUUCCAGGUAUUAGAAAUGAGCUCUAUCCUGUUACAUCAUGCUUUGGAACACACGCGUAUUUCUCCCUAGAACGUGCUGCGGCUCCUUAUUUUGGAAUAAAGGCAUAUGGAGUUCACAUGAAUGGCUAUGUUGAAAGAGAAGGUCAGAAAUUUCUUUGGCUUGGAAAGAGAAGUCAAGGGAAGUCCACAUUUCCAGGGAUGCUUGAUCAUCUUGUUGCUGGAGGAUUGCCUCACGGAAUACCUUGUGGUGAGAACAUGAUGAAGGAAUGUGAGGAGGAAGCAGGAAUUCCCAUAUCUAUUUCCAAGAAAGUUGAACCAGUAGGGGCUGUCUCUUACAUGGAUAUCAAUGGAGAUAGACUUAAGAGAGAUGUUCUUUUCUGUUACGAUCUGAAGCUUCCUGAAGACUUUGUCCCCAGUAACAAUGAUGGUGAGGUGGAGAGCUUCAGGUUGAUCCCAGUUCCACAUGUAGCAAAUGUGAUCAGGAAAACCAAAUUCUUCAAGUCAAAUUGUACUCUUGUCGUCAUUGACUUCCUCUUUAGGCACGGAUAUAUAUGUCCCGAAUAUGCAGGAUACUUGAAGCUCCUUCAGAGUUUAAGGAGUGGAGACUGCUCGUGAAAUUUGUUUUGCAAUUAGCAUAGACGGUUUUUAAUGGCGAUAUCUUUGCAGGUGGUUAGCAAUUAGCAUGUACAGUUCAUCUUAAUACAAGAUGGCAAAGUUUGGAGCUUGUAACGUACUAAAGAUUACUACUCCGUAUGUAGAGCUGCUUGUAACCGGUAGAAGUCCCAAGGAUGUUGAAAUAAAGGAAAUAGUACAUAAAAUGGACUGUAAAUUUGUAAUUAAUUGUCAAUAAACACAUCAUUUGAUAA